GUACCCGACCGAUUUCAAAGAUUGCCCAGGCAGUCACAAUUCGAUAUCUGGCCAAGCUGGCCCAACACCGUCCUGUGGUUGCACUGCAGCAAAGCAAGCCAAACAGCUAUCGACAAACUUGACCUGCUUUGCAUCGCUGCGUCGGGGUGGAUCGGAUCGGGAAACCAACCAAUGGUGCUGACCUCCACCAGACCAAAAUAA